AAAAGAGGAGAGAGAGAGAGAGAGAGAGAGAGAGAGAGAGAGAGAGAGAUUUCCAGUCAUGGAAAGAUCGAAAGGUGAGAUGCCAUCGGACGACCUGGAAAUCACCUCAAUCGGAGCUCUGUAUGGAGGUGGGCCAUGGGAGAAGAAAUACUGGAACUGCUCUAGGGGUAAAGAUCGGUACCCUUAUCCGAUUGGUUAUCACGCUGUUCGAACUCAUGCAGGAAACAUGUACAGGAUGGAGAUUCAUGAAGGUCCCAAUGGGCCUCUAUUUGUGAUCACUUCCACAGAAGGAGAUUCAUGUACUGGACAGACUCCAGAUAUUGCUUGGGAGCAUUUUCAAAAGAGAAAUGGUCCCCGUGUAAAGACGUGGCAUGCAAAGAGAUUUUCUUGCAAGAUAGACGGGGUUGAGCUUUUUGGGUUCAGAAACCCACAUGUCCAGCGGCUGCUUCGUGAACUUGCGGCAAAUGUCAAUGGAACGGCUGAACGUAGUUCGAUACACCCUAAUUUCUGUAAUGGAGCUUCGAGCUUAGAGCAGGAAAUACGAUCUCCUGAAUCAUGUACUUAUCCUGACUUGCUCCCAUACUUGGGAAAGCGACAAAGUACUGGGAAGAGAAGUAGGAAACAGAAAAAAAUUGCUAAAAGUUCCAUUAGUGGGGCUAACCUAAAAAGAUUUCGAAGUCAAGAACUGUUGAAUGAUGCAAUGGUUGGAAUUGCUAGAAAAGUGAAUAGAGGGAAUCGUGUUGAUAAUCACCCCACUUUAUUGGAGAGAUCUACUGAAUCUGAGAUUCCUAACCAUCAUCUUACUUACUCAAAGAAGGAAAGUGUUGUUACAGUGAAUGGUGAAAUCCCUUAUUUUGCGGGCGUGGAGCAUCAUAGCGAUGGGAAAUAUAUGACUCUAACAUCCUCUACUUUUGAUGAAAAUUGUAUGGUACAUGAAGAGCUGGGAAAUAUUUCAAAACUGGACCCGACUGCUGUAGCUGAGAGAGGCAAAGAUGCCAUUUUGGUCAAGGGUGAUUUGUUCUUGGAGUCUCCUAAACUUUCCAACCGUUUUGUGAAGGAACCUAUUCUUUCUCAGGAACACAGCAAGCUUGUUGGUGCCGAAGUUUCUUGUUGUGUAGCUGAUGUGGAUUUGCAAGUUGAUGAUUCCUUGGCUGCAACAAAAGAAAGUGAUGGAGAAAUCCCAGUGUUGACAGAGUUUAAAACUGUGAAGGAUUUGGAUUAUUGUGUGCCUGAUACAUUGGACCUACAAGUGUUAUUUGCAGAUGAUGUUGCUGAUUCUGAUUCCGAUUCUGAGGGCUGCAAGGGUGGUCCCUGUAACGUCAAAGAUGAACUUAUGGCAGCUGAAAAAUUGUUGGGAAACUCAACAUCACAUGUUGAUCAGGUAGUUGCGGAAGAUAUGCCUGAGCUGAAACGCAAAAGUAGAACAUGCUCUUUGAAAUGCAUGGAUGCUCCUCACAAGAAUUCACAAGACAAUGAAGAGACGUCCUUCCCUGUGAUAUUCUCACAAGACGUAGUUCUAUCUGAGGGGCCCAUAGUGGGAUCACAUCCGGAAGAAGAAAUAGGCACAUCCAGCGCUUCGAAUGCAAGUUCUGGAAAGAGUGACUUUGAUUCUGUGGGGCAGGAUUUAGUAAAAUCUAUGAUGACAUUGCUGCUACCACAAGCGCUUCCUUUACUGAAGAAAACCUCAAAGAAGAAAAGGGCGUUGGUUGAGAACGCAGGAGUUCCUUUCACUAAAUGUGACCCUUGUAUAAAUUUGGAAGGGUUGAAGUCUCUGAAGGAAAAUGAUGGGACACACCACGUCACAGAUGUUAUAUCUCAAGGUGAGCUUGCAGCUGGACCUAAUAUGGGAUCCAACAUUGAUAAGGAGCAAAAAAUGCAUGUUUCUGGUAUAAUUCUUGCCAAUUCCCUAUUUAGAGAGAAUAGAUGUAAUGAGUGUUUAGCCAAUCUGCCUUUUAUAGAAAGAGGGAGCCCUCCAGAUGUCAAGUCUGUUAUUCCCGACAGCUUUGAAGAUGAACAAUGUGCAUGUGAUGUUAUUAAUCUGAGAACACUGCAUCAUGAUCUUGGUAAAGCUGGUCCAGCACUUCUCGAUAAAAAAGCACGUGAUCCUGAUAUCUCAAGGUUUCUGGGCGAUGCUGAUGGGGUUAAAGAAUCAUCAAAUUGUCAUUUUGGAAAUGGCAGUAAGGAUGAAAUCUUGCUUGAUGAAGCAGCUAUGCUGUUGAAUGAUCCUCCAGAGAAUGAUACGAUUCUUGUAUCUGUUGCUCCUUUCAGUUGUACAUCUCCCAGUAGACAUAAUCUUUUGGAAGGAGAAAAUAAUAAACACAAAAAUUGGGAUGGGAGCACAAUAUUUACUGAAAUCAAUCCUGAAGUGGAAAGUUCUAAAGACAAGGGAAUCAAGAUCAUCUCUGAUGGUAUUGAAGGUAUCGCUACUUCGGGGACUGUUGCUGUUGUUGAUGGUAUUUCUCGGUAUUCCUGUUGUGAGUUUGUAUGCAAACAUGAAGUUCCCGAUGUACCAGCUGAUAAACCAACAUACUGUCCUGGUUUCAGGAGCAAUAAGACUGGUUUUAGUACUGAGUUUGAGCAUGCUGCCAUUCUGCCUUCCAGUUCAAGCAAGAGUUUGGGAACUGCGAAUAUUGAAAUUGGGGAAACUUCUUCUCAUUUUAGACAUAGCUCUCCAGGAACAGAUUUUCAAAGAAUCAAUAUUCAAUGUGAUCCUGCUAACUCCGAUACACACAGGUUACCAACAACCACAGAUAAUCAAGAUGCUAACUUUGACACCUCCAGAUUAUCCACAACGACAGAUGCAAGAACUGUGAACUUCGUUGGUGGGGUAGGUACUAUUCCAGAAAUGCAAAUUGAUGACAAUACAGCAGCUACUGGAACAGGCAAUUCCUUUUUUGGUAUUCACAAGACAGAUGCAGCUGCUUCAACUGGAGACUACACCGUUUCUAGUCACCAUGUGGGGAAGCUUCCAUGUUCACUUCGUCCUUCCCUGAAGUACAGUGGUCCUCAUUCUGAAAGUAUAGUUUUUAGGAAUAUAGAAAACAAUAGUAUCCCUGAGACGAAUUCUACUAUGAACACUUUACACACCACAGAGAUUGGUCAGGCCACUGCUGCUGAUGGAAGCAUAAAUAAGUUACCAUCAUUUGCCCAUGAAAUCAAGCUUGAAAGGCAACACCACAAUAUGAACAUUUCUGAACCUGAAGGCAUGUUGUUCAACACAGCACCCCAUGUAACCCAAAAUCAAGCAUUGGUUGUGCCGGCCACUGAUGAAAGUGGUUUUGGUCUGUCCAUCCAAGAUGUGGAGAGGCAUCAAAGGGAUACUGUCAACAAGCUGGUUGCAUCAUACAAACCUACAGAAUGCAGCAAUGCUGCAUCAUGUAUGCAGGGGAGAAUUUCCCCCGAUAACAAUGGAACUGAUGUCAGGGAAAAUCUAGCUUCUUCAGAUCUUCCCUGCUAUGGGAAGUCUGUUAAUAAUGAAUGUGAAGGUCCUUUUUCUCGGAGUGAGAUAAACCAGAAAAAUGUGCUACAGGAUGAUUUCUUUCCAAAAGAGACUAAGCCUUGUAAUGAGUUUGGGGGAUUUGUCGAGCUUGUUGGUUGCUAUGUUCACCCCAUGCCGAUCUUAUCUGUACUGUUAAGCAUGAAGGAUGAUAUUAUACAUAUUUGUGUUUUAUGUGGCCCUUUGGGAGAACAGAGAAGAACCCUUUUCAUUUAUGAUGUCCCAGCCAAGGCACUGAGUGAAAAGUGCCCUUCUUUUCUUGGUUAUGCAUCAAUCAUGUUGCCGCUUUCUAAGGGCACAUUCAACAAAGAUAUUGCAUUUGAGAGAUCUGGCUUACAAUUCACUCCAGAUGGACAGUGCCUUGUUUUACUUAACAGUAUCAAGGUACCUUGUUGCAGGGAACAAAAUAUCGAUUGUUUGUGCUCGGUGUGCACAUCAGAUUGCUGCGAAGAAAAUGCUGUAAAAGUUGUCCAUGUGCAGCUUGGUUGUGUUUCAGUUGUUGUCAAGUUGACAACUGCUGAGAGUAUUUGCUGUGUAUUAGUUUAUGAACCAUGCUAUCUUGUUGUAGCUGAAGAGAGCGGGAGACUGCAUGUGUGGAUAAUGAACUCGACAUGGAGUGCGUGGGUGGAGGAAUUCACUCUUCCAAGCUUUGAUUACUUAUGUCCUUCUCUACUGGAAUUAAGAAGAAUACCAAAGUGUGCUUCUCUUUUUGUUGGUCAUAAUGGUAUUGGAGGCUUUGGCUUAUGGGACAUUUCCAAGCGGGUCCUCCUAUCAAGCUUUUCUUCCCCUGGCAUUUCAAUCUUUCAGGUCCUUCCAGUUGGCUUGUUCGGUUGGCAAAUGAAUUGUCCUAUUUCAACAAGUUCUAAGGUAGAGGAGCAUAUCAAAGAGAUCAUAGCUGCAACAGAGAGUUGGUUUUCAAGGGUUGAUGAGAACUAUGACUAUCUUCUGCCGAAUGGGGAAGAUAUAGCUGUUUGGCUUCUUGUCUCCGCUGCUUCAAAUUCUGAAGCACAAUAUGAUUGUCCAGGAAAUGACCUCAAUGCUACUCCAGUUGGAUGGUGGAGGCUAGCUCUGCUUGUUAAAAAUACAGUGAUCAUGGGAAGCAUAUUGGAUCCAAGGGCUUCUGCUGCAGUUGCAUCAGCUGGUCAUGGGAUUAUUGGCACGUGCGACGGGCUGGUCUACAUGUGGGAAUUGUCUACGGGUAAAAAACUGGCUAAUUUGAAGUCUUUGAAUGGUGGAGUUUCAUGCAUUGCUACGGAUGCAAAUUCAGGUGCACUAGCUGUGGCUGGUAACGAAUGCCAGUUACUGUUGUAUAUUCAAUCUCCAAAGCAUUUGCAAUGUUGAUGAGAGAGAAAGGGGAAGCUGACUAGUUUCAACCAUCUUCUGUCUAAGGUGCGCUAGCAGCAAAAAUGUGUAGACUUUCUAGUCUUUAUUAAAAGACAGCGUGUCUCACAUGUGUGUUACAAAGGUACAGAAACCAAAUGCAUCUCUGAAUUGACCAAUAAAGAUAAAAAAAAAUCUUUUUUCAGUUCUUUUCUUAGGCGUCAUCUUGAAUG